CGGGUCUGCCCUUGUGGUUUUGGGCAUGUGGCGUACAAAAGUGUGAGAAGAUCACCGCCACUAAUUGCCGUAGCAAGCGGACUUCGAUUCACCGAUGAGAGUUGCCGGUGAAACGACGGCACGCAGCAACUCAGUAACGGUUUCGUUGUGUUCCUUCCCGCGUUCGUAGAUUCCGUGACCCGUGAAUGUUUUGGAUGAAAAAAUAGAUCCGUGAAACCCAUGUGCACCGCAGUAGGCUGUGCCGAACAGCAGUAGAAACCAAAGUCCCGUGGUUUGAACGUUUCUUGUGUCCAGCUGUGUGUUGUUUGUUCCGUGUGAUUAUCUUACGCAGAAGUGCGUCGUCCGUGAUAAGGAGCGAGUUGGGACUUGGGAGAGUCAUCUCCCUUGACCGUGUGCCCAACGUGUGUGCCGAAUAAGUCGACCCUAUCGCGCGUCAUCCGAAAACAACGGGAGGCACCCGGAAAACGAUGAGGCAAAGGUUGAUACGGGACUGGCUGGUCCCGGCCCUGCUACUGUCGGUUCUACUCCUAUCGACGAGCCUGGUGCACAGUAAGGACCUCGGUUACGACGUGCUGGAUGAUGACGGGGAAGAUACGUACGCGGACGAGUACGACGAUACUUACGACGAAGACGGUGGAGACGGUGGCACACCCGCCGAAGGUGGGCUCAGUGCCGGGAAUGGCGAUGACAGUGACAAAUCGAUCGUGCCUUCUACCACCACCACAACCACCACCAGUAGCACCGGUACUGCGGGUCCUUUCGCAGCAGUUAACUUCGGUGACGUGGACGAUAAUUUUAUGGAUCGGGACCAGUAUGCGUGUCCGAGCGAGUGCAGCUGCUCCGAGGGCACGAAGCUGCUAAACUGUUCUCAUCGUGCCCUGACCGACAUCCCGUCCGGCCUGCCAGCGAACAUGGUCCGGCUGGAUCUGAGCCACAACAAUCUGAAGCGGCUGAACGUGGAGGCGCUGCAGAACUGUACGGCGCUGCAGGCACUGCUGCUGGCCGGCAAUGCCAUCGAGCAGUUCGACAAGGAGCUGCUGCUUAAGAUGGAUCGGCUUAGUCUGUUGGACUUGUCCUCGAAUCAACUAUCGCAUCUCGAUAGUGACAGUUUUGGCGAGGUCAGCAAAUCGCUCCGCAGGUUAAACCUUAGCGACAAUCCGCUGGUGCUGCCGGAUAGUGGGCCAUUCCUGGCGCUACCGGAACUGGAGGAACUGUAUCUGGUCGGUUGCAAUCUGACCGAGCUGCCAGAUGAAACGUUUAGCGAGCUCGGAGGCCUCUCCCUGCUCGAUCUCUUCGGCAAUCAGUUCGAUGAGGAUAUGAGCGUGGAUGUGUUUGAGCCACUGAGCAAUUUGAUCAAACUGAGGCUUCCCGCCCUGUCGGAGAGCACGGUCCGUGACCUGUGCGAUAAGGUGCAGAGGAUCGAUGUAAUCGACAUAACAAAGCACAACAUCAGCUGCUUCUUCCUGGCAUCGGAGACUUCCUUUGAGGAUAGCAUCAUAGUGGAUGUGCCAAUAACGAUGCCACCAGUGAGCACAACCAGAGAGCCAACUACAGCGCGGCCGACCAGGGUCCCGAAGAAGAAUGCGAACGACAUUCGGCAGGAGUAUAAAUCGUCCACCUCCAAGUUGCAGGCUUCGGAUUUGGCCCUGCACACUUCCACCGCCCAGCCACCACCGGUGCGGGACCGCAGCAACGCAACGGCCAAAUCUUCCGGAUCACCGGCGUCCGCGUCGAUCACGGAUACCGGUGCUUCGCCGGUGGACGAUGGGGUCGUGAAAACCUCGGCGACAGAAGCCAACAAGGCAGGGGAUGGCCAAGAUCAGUCACUGCUGUCGUCGAUCUCUUCCGAAACGAUGAAGCAGUCGCUGAUGGCCAUCAUUGGCGUAACCGUUUUGGGCCUCAUCAUUGGACUCAUCUGCCGGCGAACCGGUAUUAAGGGCAAACUAUGCGGCACCAAGCGACGUCCAGCACCCACCGAUCAGGUGCGACCGGCCGAGGAGGUGCCACUCAACAAGGUGUAGGAAGAACGUGGCGGCGCUGUAUCGGUCACACACGGACACGUAGUGGCACGGAAAGAUACAGAAGAGAAAGAUACAGCGGAACCUGAGGAGAACCUGGUGCGCGCCGGUGUCGGGUGUCUUGACAAUCUCUCUUAUUGCACGGGGAGACUCGCACGAUCGAUUGAGUCGAUGGAACGUGACACAAAACACACCCUUAACGCACACUCGUCAGGACCUAGCAUGUGAUAUUACUUACAAAGUAUUAGGUAACAUCCUCUUCGAAGGCUUUCCCGGCUGAUAUUCGAGGGCUUUGAAUGGGUUCAGCAGAAAAGAAGAAAGGAAGUGGUUUCACCUUUUCCUGUUCCUUUUUACACCACACACACUUGUCAGAAUUUGGGCCCAGUUUUGGCAACUUUCUUUUCUCUCUGUCACUGCCGCUGAUUACAGUGAUCACUGUUUAGUAAUACUUUUGUUGUAAAUAUUGCACGGCGCUUGCCGAAAGUGGUGCGCGACACGAAUUUAACUUAACUCAUACGGAAAAACUUCGCAAUACCAUGUAACGUUGUAUCAAACGAGUGACUAGGGGAAUUGUAGAGCAGAAAACAUUGCUUUUCAUCAGGAUGUUCGUAUUUUCCUUGUCACACUGUGCUCGUUUUGUAGAGACGGGACAUUCAUCUAAGAAAAUUACAUAACCGAAUGCAACGCGGUCAGUUUCUUUUGGGUUUUCAUAAUAUUCACAAUCAAACUGUAGCUUUAUACGAUAGGGUGAGCCACAAGAAAAAAUCAAACCAUAACAAGAGAACAAAACAAUUCGCGUAUACUAAUAUAUUGACCUAAGAUCACGAGAGCGAAUCAUCGUUAAAGAACCAAAUGGCACACGAUUGUGUAUUAAUAAUAAGCAAUGAAAAACAGAAACACUAGAAAUACUAAUUCCCUACGGUAGAGGCAAACGUAGUGAAAUGCAUUUAAACGAACACGUAAUCCACGAGCACUAGAGGUUAAGUUUCCUUCACUUCCGACCGGGGUAGAGUUUCCCCGGACACCCUUAGUUUCCCCGGAGCACACGUGCGAGCGUGACAACGUGUAUUAGCCAGCCCUACACGAAUCGUGCCCUACACGAAUUGAGUAGAAAACGAAAGUGAAGCCGAAAAUUGGGGACGAUAAUUUAGCAAAGCUAGCUCAGUAGGUUGCUCAGUAGUAUAUCUGUUUUCCAUGAAAAAUAUUAGUCUGUAAGGGUCGGUUUUGGUAGUGUUUCUUGCUUUCAUAACAGUACGGAAUCCAACAGAACACAACCCUCUUUUGCGUAACACGAGCCUAACCACACGACACCCAUACAAGAGUAC